UAUAAAACAGUGAGGCAGAGCAGUACCAUCAGUAUUGGUCCACCACUAUCCAAUAUGGUUGGCUUCAAGGUAGCUCUACUAUUCGGUUUGGCAGCCGCCUCUGCCCUUCCUCAACAACGCGCAGACGACGAUGGCUGGGGCGACCAGCCUUCAUGGUGGCCCAGUGCCUUCCCGUGGCCCCCGGCGAUUCCCGACCCGUGGCCCGACCAGCCCGUGUGGUGGCCUAACUCCAUUCCCUACCCCCCUGUCCCUGAAGAGUGGUCUGACCAGCCCGAAUGGUGGCCCGACUGCGCCUCCUGGCCUCCAGUGAUACCCGAGACACUCCCUCCCGUCUGCUGGCCCGAUAUCCUUCCCUGGCCCCCGGCGAUACCUGAGCAGUGGCCAGACCAGCAGCCUGACUGGUGGCCUGCUUCGCUCCCCUGGCCACCGGCAUUGACCGACCAAUGGCCCGAUCAGCCUUCCUGGUGGCCCUCUUUCUUCCCCUGGCCCCCGGCACCGCCCAUGCAGUGGCCUGACGAGCCCUCGUGGUGGCCCGACUCCCUCACCUGGCCCCCUACAGUCCCCAAUGAUUUCACAUGGCCCCCACAAGGUGUGGACGCCGACAGCAUCGAAUACAUUCCCUCCAGGGACAACCAGUUCCAUCUUUUCACCAGGAAUAACCAGGUCGUGAGCCAGCCUCUUCUCAUCGACAAUGCUAACAUCCUCGCCUCUUCAAACUACAACGCUAACAGCAGAACCGUGAUCUUGAUCCAUGGCAACCGGGGUUCUGCCACAGAUACAUUCAACUCUGUGAUGGUGCCUGCUUUCCUCGCCGCUGGUGAUGUAAACGUGAUCGUCGUCGACUGGAGCGCUGGUGCCAACGCCGGGUUUUUCACCACCACCUUCUACUCAGUUCUGUCUGGCGCAUUCGUGUCCCGCUUCAUAACAUUUCUGGUCGACCAGACUGCUGGUAGCCUGGCAGACUUCCACAUCGUUGGCUUUGGAAUUGGAGCCUUAAACGCUGGCUACAUCUCCAGCCUCCUGAACGCCGAAAUUGGAUACGUCACCGCCCUGGACCCCGCGGAAGGUUCCAACAUCACCAACCUGCUGCCACCUAUGUACGCCCUCCAGUCACAGUACACCGAGGUAAUCCAUACCGAUGUGGAUGGCGGUGGCUACCUCCCACCCUUGGGAGAUGUUGACUUCUACCCCAAUGGAGGUACCAACAUGCCUGGAUGUGGCGGCGACAGUUCAUGCAACCGCUUAAGGGCCGUCUACUACUUCGCUGAGUCUAUCCAGACCGGUGGCUUCACCGGGGUUGAGUGUUCCUCCCACCAAGAAGCUAUUAACAGCACCUGCAGUGGAGCUGGCAGCCUGAAUCUUGGAGGACUUACUCCUAAGACUGGGUCUUCGGGAGUCUUCUGGGUUAGCACCAACGCCGCUCCCCCCUUCUCCCAGGGCUAAAACUUCGUUUAGUUCGUUAUUUAUUUUACUUUUAACUAAGGAAUAAAGAAAUGCUUUGUUCUGA